UCAAGGUGACGUCAUCAGCCGGAAGGAACGAGCGAGCCGCCGCGCCCCGCCGCGACGCCUCACCUGCCGCUGCCAGACACCAAGGAAGAAGAAAAAGAAGCCAACAUGAACCAAGUCGAUUUGGCAGACGUGGAGCAACACUCGGAACACACGCCUCCACACAUGCACGUGGUCCACUUGAACGUGGGCGGCCAAAGGUUCUGCACCAGCGUGGAAACGCUCACCAAGUACCCCGAGUCCAAGCUGGCCCAGUGGUUCGAGCUGCCCAAGGACGCGCAGGGGCAUUUCUUCCUGGACCGCCACGGAGAGUACUUUGGGGCCAUCCUGGAGUUCCUCCGCUCCGAGCGGCUGCCCGACAACGACAUCCCGCAGGUUCACCGGGAGUCGCUGCACUACAACGUGACGGCGCUGGCAAAGCGUUUAGAGGAGAGUCCCGUGCUCUUUGGCGAGAUGGUGGGCAGGCAGCAGUUCUUGGCCAGAGUGCCGCACUACAAAGAGAACAUUGAGGUUCUGAUCCGCAUCGCCCGGGCAGAGGCGGUGGCUUCCCGUCGUUCCACCGUCGUGUUGUGCGUUUUGCGAACGGAGGAGGACUCGGCUUGCUACGACAACGCUCUCAGCGGCCUGCGGGCCAACAAGGACUCGGUGGUGACCUUCGGGCCCUGGAAGGCGGGACCUACGGCCGCCGACCUGCUGGACUGCGUGCAAAGGGACAUCCAGAGUCAGGGCUACACGGUGCACGUCCGACCUUAUGUCAUGGAGAAGACGUUCCUGGCGCGCAGCUACAACUUUUUCCACACGCUCACCUUCACCUGGUGGUGACGCCCUCUCGAGGUCACGCUGAGCACCAACUGGAGGUGUCCGCAUCGCACGCACCCUUUUGGCCGACUCGGUGGAAUUCUCAAAGUCACGGUUGGCGUCACGUCAGAUGGUGUAGUUCAUGAAAUGAUCAAAGAUGUGUUUCUUAUACGUGACUAUUUCACAAAAUAAAUUGUUGCAGUACUUGUU